AAGCCAAGCUCGAGCUCAACGCCGACAGCAUGAGUAAGGAGGGCGGCAGACUCGGUCUGCUCAGACUCAAGACUCGCAGCCUCACCUGGUUCUCCAUCCUGGCUGUCAUCGUCGUCGCCGUCUCUUGGAUCCUGAUGUUUAUCAUCAUCAGACUCUCCUAAUCAUUCUCUCUCCCUUCAAUUUCCGCUGCGCUCUUCCCCACACUUCUCGGCCUCCAAUCAGUGAUUCUUUACCAUCUCUUCCUCCGCCCCGUUCUCGUUUCCCUUUUUUGUCUUGCUGCGUUUGUCGCCCCCCUUACCCAAUCCUUCCACACCAUCCCUCCAAAAAAAAUCAAAGUACAAACAAACUCUCCUCUUUUCCUGACCAUCAAUGUGUACACCUAGUCACCCUCCGGAACGAAACAUGUGUCACCACC